UUUGGAUGUGAUAUUUUAAAAUUUAAAUUCGAAAAUGAACACAAGUCAUUAUUCUUCUCCGCCCAAGCAAGAAGGAACUGUAGAUUUCAAUGACUUUUUGGAGUAUUAUACUUAUGUAUCUGCUCUGUAUGAUAACGAUUUGGAUUUCGAUAGGAUGCUAACCAAUACUUGGAAUGUAGGGACUAACACAAACCCUGCUUCAAUUCCUUAUGCUGGGAUUUCAAAGACGAUUACAAAAGUCAAUACUAAAGAGCGGUGGUUGAAUGACCACCACCGUGCUAUUAUCCAUGGGAAGGAGCAAGACCCAGUGAACCCUCACACUUCUGACUUCAAAGUUCCAUAUAUGCCUCCCAAACCAACUACAGAUCCUGUGUUAAUGAGGCCAGCUGGAAAAUUAACUUUGCAUGACUACGAAGUUCCAGACAAUGACUCCCAAUUUAGUCCGGAAAGCUAUAAACAUGAGCCUCAACAUUACCAAGAUCCUUAUUAUAAGUCUGUGCGUCAACCUGAGUCUAAACCAAGAGGACAUGAAUACUCCAGGCCCAGUCCUCCAGAGAAAAAGUAUGAUUAUGGGGGGAAGCAAAACUCAUUUGAGAGUCCAAAGAAGCCACACCCAACUAAUUUCCCGCAGGAUUAUAGAGAGGAUGAUGUAGCUUCACAAUAUAGCCAUCAAAGUGAGCGUAGCAUGCAUUCGCAUCAUUCAGGAUAUUCACACCAUAGUCAGAGAAGUAUUCAGAGUCAUGCUUCGCAUGCUUCUCAGUACUCCAGUAGUAGAGGCUAUGAAGAGCCUCAAGAAAGCUAUCAGAGAAGAGGUUACGCUGAGCAACCAGAUUUUUACCAUCCAAAGCAGACAACUGAAUAUGGGGGAUAUAAAGGUAGCAGGUAUUAUUAAUAAAUAGCUCAAUCUUA